GAUCGGGGCGUGGGUCUUAAGCGGGUCUUAAGGCUUUGGCUGCGGCUUCGUGUCUCCCUUUUGGUUUCGCUUCGCUGCUCGCCGAAGUCAGGGUUUGCUGCAGCCGCGUUGGUAGUGCCCCACGGCCGCCCGUGAGCGCGGGGGCUAGGCUUCCCUUUCCUAAGGGCUGGUGACGGGCAGCGGAGACUGGGAAAGAUGUGGCCCGCUGAAAUCUCUCCAAGGGGUGCCUUGGAGCCUGCUAGAAAUAGUAGGACUUCAGACCCCAGAGUCCAUUGUACAGUUUUCCUAUAACAUGUGAGUUUGCUGUCUGUUGGGAAAGAUCAGGGGCGUACAGAUCAUUGUAUCUUUCUUUCUUGUUAGAGCUGUGGCUCUUAGGGCACCGCCAGAGUCAUUCCCAUCAAUUCGGUGGGAGCAGAGACACCUUUCGUGUCAGUGAACAGGUAGAAAAGGGACACUUUGGGCUAAGCCUACUUACAGAUCUCAAAAGUGGUGUGACUGGGCGUGUUGUAAGACUGUAAACAGGGUAAAUUACUGCCUCAGCUGAAAAUUAGUUGGCUAUGCAAAUGAUGUCUAGAACAUCUCCAAACUAUUGCUGGAGUGGCCUGACCUGGUGGAACCCUCCUUCUUGUGGCAAGAAAUAAGUCAUUCAGAUGAGCCAGGCUGUAUUUAAAUGUCCGGAAGGAUCAUACAGAAUCACCUUGUUUUGCUGAAAUGGUGUUGUAUAAUCUCAACUUUUCUGAACAUGUAUUCACACUGAAGUUGGGACCUGGUGGUUGUAGUACAGGGUAUGUAGAAGCAGACUCUGGUUUAGUCUGUAUUUGGCUGACUUUGGCCUGACAAACAAAAUGAGAGGAUGGACCUUUGAACUGACACCAUUUUUAGACCUUAGGGAAGUACAGAAUGUAACUGCCGGUCAACAGGAAUUACUUAAUUUUGUUUUUAAGCCAGUGGAGCUGGCAGUGCUGGCUUUAGUAAGGUACUUCCUAAGCUGGGAAGGCAUUUAUUGCUUAUGAAGUAAAUCUAUUUCCUGAUCAGCAGGAAAAGUUGCCUCUUUAUCAGUCAAAACUUAACCAUGUAGUGAACUAUAGAGCCUUUGAUUUCCUCAGAAUAUUUAUAUUAUGUGAAACAAGUUUCUGCUAGAAUCUACUGUAGUCUUCUCUUAAAAAAAAUUCCAUAAACUUUGAAGAACGAGUGGCACACCUUAAAAUUUAGAACUAUUCCUUCCAUCUCCCCAGGUUUCUGACUAACCUACUAAGAAGGUGAAAUGGAGAUUCAUUUUAAGUAAUUGUAGGAUACCAGAGUUUGUCUUGUAGGCACAGCCUUGAAACAGAGCACUGUGUUUAUGGAGAUCUUUUUAUAGUGGCUUAUUAAUGCGCUCAAAACACCUGCUUGCAGUUGAAGCUUCUUGGUCACUGAAGGGGUUGUUCUAGGAAAGCUUUCUUGGCAGUCAAGCCUGUUUAUCGAAGGCACUCUGUUAAAAGCUUCAAAAACUUACAUGUGCUUCUUGUUAACCUGCAUGAUUCAACAAGGCUUUUCUGGAGCUUCGCACAGGACAUCCUCAGAGAUUGGAUUUGGCAAUUAACAAAGGCCCGUCUUGACUCUUAUCAAGAAUGAUUCUAAAGGUGAACACUGUCCUAAGCCUUAGCAGAUCUUGGGUAAUCACCAGAGGCCUCCUGCAAAAAUGAGGAGAUGGUGGUCGUCAGAUGACAGCCCUUAGACGUGUCAGGAGCUGAGUUCCAAGGUCCCAGUUUCCCCCUGAAAUUACAGAUUCCUGACAGGAAACCUUGCCUGAUACUUUCUGCUCUGCUUUAGGCUCUGGUGAGUCAACUGUUGCUGGCAUUUGGAGCUUGAGAGGUAAGAGUAUGAAUCUCCAAACGUUUCAUGAAUGUUUGAGAUCUUGUAGGAAGAAUCCCAGUUCUGCUGCAGCAGGGCAGAAAUGUGAAGCUCUCAUUCUUUGAAGCCUGAAUCUAAGACAUGGCUCUGGUGGCUGUUUCUCUCCUCUCUAGAGAUAUUUGGGUAUAUAGUCAUUAGAACGAAUUCCUAUACUGCACACAGAACCAUGCUGAUGAUCUGCUUUGUUUCCUUUCCUAACAGACCAGUGAGCCUGACACCUUCUAUUAGUUCCCAAAUGUCUUGCAGUAGUCAAUACCAGAAUUCUUUUCCAGCCCCAUAAGGCAAAUAUUGCUAUAUGCAAUGGACACUGAUCUCAGUUCCCAGGACAGGAAGGACCUGGACAAGUUCAUCAAAUUUUUUGCUUUAAAGACAGUACAAGUAAUUGUCCAGGCCCGACUUGGAGAGAAAAUCUGUACCCGAUCAUCAUCCUCCCCAACAGGCUCUGAUUGGUUCAAUUUGGCAAUCAAAGAUAUACCAGAGGUUACUCAUGAAGCAAAGAAAGCCCUGGCAGGACAACUACCUGCUGUUGGACGGUCUAUGUGCGUGGAGAUUUCUCUCAAAACCUCAGAGGGAGACUCCAUGGAGCUGGAAAUUUGGUGUCUAGAAAUGAAUGAAAAGUGUGACAAAGAAAUCAAAGUUUCAUACACCGUGUACAACAGGCUGUCUCUACUGCUGAAGUCUUUGCUUGCUAUAACCAGGGUAACUCCAGCCUACAGACUGUCAAGGAAACAAGGCCAUGAAUAUGUAAUAUUGUACAGGAUAUAUUUUGGUGAAGUGCAACUGAGUGGCUUGGGAGAAGGUUUCCAGACAGUCCGUGUUGGGACAGUGGGUACCCCAGUGGGCACCAUCACUUUGUCUUGUGCCUACCGAAUCAACCUUGCUUUCAUGUCAACCAGGCAGUUUGAGAGGACCCCUCCUAUCAUGGGGAUUAUCAUUGAUCAUUUUGUGGACCGUCCCUAUCCCAGCUCUUCACCCAUGCAUCCCUGCAAUUACAGAGCUGGUGAGGACAAUGGCGCAGUAUACCCCUCAGUCGAAGAUUCCCAAGAAGUGUGCACCACGUCUUUUUCCACCUCUCCUCCAUCUCAAUUGAUUGGUCCAGGCAAAGAGGGGGGAGUUCCCCCAAUUCCUAGCCAGCCAGCACAUGGCACUCAAGCUGACCAAGAGAGGAUGUGCACCCCACUGGAUGGAGUCCACUACUCAGCAGCUACUCCUUCUAGUAGCGAGGAUACAGAAACAGUAUCAAACAGCAGUGAAGGGAAGUGUGGCUCCCCACAUGACCUUUUGGAGACCAUCUUUAUCCGGAAGGUGGGAGCUUUUGUCAACAAGCCCAUUAACCAGGUGACCAUGGCCAACUUAGACAUUCCUUUUGCCAUGUUUGCUCCCAAGAACGUUGAGCUGGAAGAUAACGACCCCAUGGUCAAUCCUCCUGACUCCCCAGAAACUGAAUCUCCUCUACAAGGCAGCUUACACUCGGAGGGCUCCAGUGGCAGCAGCGCAGGGAACACCCAUGACGACUUUGUUAUGAUUGACUUUAAACCAGCAUUUUCAAAAGAUGACAUUCUUCCAAUGGACCUGGGGACAUUUUACCGUGAGUUUCAGAACCCCCCUCAACUCAGCAGCCUCUCCAUUGACAUUGGAGCGCAGUCCAUGGCAGAGGAUUUGGACUCGUUACCAGAGAAGCUGGCAGUCCACGAGAAAAAUGUCAAGGAGUUUGAUGCCUUUGUAGAAACCUUGCAGUGAAGCUGUUUUCCCAUUUUGCUGCAGCAGUUCUUCCUCCUCAAGGCAUCCUGGAGAAUGACAUCAACAAAUAUUUCUAUCACCCCUGCUCUGCCUUUUCUCUCACUUUGACUAGUUCCUUCCAUCAUGAGCUUUCUUGGAUUGCUCUCUUCAACAGCAGAUACAACUCAUCUGCUGAUUUUCCUCAACUGCACCACCACAUAGCUCUGGACCGCUUUUCCUGCUCACAGUCAGUUUUGAAUUUAGGACUUCUGUAGGGACACAGAAGUCAAACUCCAAUGUAUGAAACUUACUUUCUCCUCAGUCUCUGUUCUAUGUGGAGGAACUUUGUGAAAAGUUGCCAUAUGCUUCCUCCAAAGGUCCUGUGGUGUAAGUUUGUUCCCUUGGUAUGGCUUCUUGCUAACAGACUUUUUCCUACAGUUUCCAGUCCUGUUAGAGCAUAGAAAGCUUUGGCUCAUUUCCAGGGCCUGCGAGUUCAGCAGAUUCAACAGUUUUAAGUCCAGGACAUUCAUUCCGCAGAACGGGGCAUUUCAUCCUGACUUCAGUGUGAGUGCCUGGGGCCCAGGGAGAGACGUCAGCUUUGGGACCUGUGUUAACAGAAGUUACCUUUGUUUUCCUGCUUCUAAGGAACUGGGUCUCUACAUGGUCAUUUUGCAUGAGGCCUUCCGUUAUGCUGGCUGAUAAGCAGGAACGAAACUACAGAAGUGCUUUCUACAUUUCCUUCCUGAGUAUACUGACGCUCGGCCAUGCCGAGUUCACCAGUGUCAGCUGUUGGCAAGCCUGAACGCAGCAGCUGUGAUGAUGCUGAAUUCAUAGUCUCUGCUUCUGAAAUGUAACUGUAAAUACUAGGAAUCCUAUUUCUUUAGGGUUAUGUAACUAGGAGUCUUAGUCCAAGAUUCUUUCCUUUAACCCUUGCAUCCUUCCUGCUUUAUGGUUAAUAGAUGAUCUUAAGAAUCAAGAAAUAUUUAUUGCUUUUAAAGAAACCUAUAUUUAAAAGAUGUUCUGUUUUCAUGUAGUAGUGCAGGUCAUUCUGCCCUGGAUCACUGCAGACAGCAAGUGUGCCAUGGAACCCUGGCCAGUGAGACUGGUCUCUCUUUGCAGGAAAAUAUCCAAGAUAUUUAUUUUCUAAGAAGACAGACUUGAUUAUUCUAAUAUAAUACUCUGUUUUGGGGACUGUGUGUCCAUUACAUCCAGUCAGGGCCCAGUGAUAGAAUGAAACGCACGUGUCAGUGUAGUGGAGCAGGAGGGACUCGGUAAAAAGCUGUGUUCUGAUAGGCACGGAUGAAUUUGCAGUGUUCUUCAGCCAUUCAGAAGGCAGCUUCUUUAAAGCACAUUUUUUUGGGGAGCUUUAUGGUACUUUUUAAUCAGCUGGCUUUUGAUUAGCUGAAAUCUUAUUUUUGUAAUGAUCUGGCUAUGAACAGUGUGACUGGCUGGCAGUGCUCUGUGGUUGAUUUGGCUGUUGCGUGUCUUUCACCUGAUGUAAGGACAGGAGAAGAAACAGUGACACUAAACAGAAACGUAGAUAAGGUCGUCUUGUGGUUCUCUCUCCUCCUCCCAUGUGUAACUAGAGUGAGCAACUGCAAGACCCCUUACUGUCCUGAAACACUUUUUUUUUUCUUUCUUUCUUUUUCUUUCUUCCUCCAGAAGUGGGGUUGCGGUGCCUCAGUACUGAGGAACCAUCUUAAUUUCCUUAGAGUGGCUGAGUAACCAGCCUUCUAGUUAGUGCAAUGUGGCAGUUUCUUCAACUUAGCUGCAUUCUUGACUGAAAGAGAUUGCUAGCAGCUGAUGGGGGGACCCCGCCUCCUCUCUAGAACACUAUUUCUGUGCUAUUGCUAGAGCAAGGAACCAAGUUCAGAAUAGAGCUUGCUGUAGGGUUGAAGCAACGCAAUGCUUUGAACUUGACCAGCUUAUUUUGUUGAGUGAUGCAUUUGGUGGGAGGCUAUGUGAGCUCUAAAAUGCUAGGUAAGGGCUUUAUUGAAGGAAAGCUACCUGCCAGAACGUGUUUAGUUUACUCAACCAACUCAUCUUUUCAGCAAUCUCACACAGAAGUUGCUUAGUCCUUGCAAAAUAAGAUGCGCAAACAUUUAAGAAAGUUUCCAAGAGAGCCACCUUGAACACAAAGAACACAAGGAAUUAAUGGAUCAGCCGCCUCUUGCCUCUGCUCAAGAAGCUGGGUUCUGCCACCUUGUAGGCAGUAGUGCACAGACGGGUGGUUGCUGUCACCUCUCUCUUAAUGUACAGGCUGUGCUUGGGAAAGUGAUGCCAUCUGGGCUGCAGAGCAGCAGAGAUGGGGUGUAAAGUGCUGGUUCACACUGUAGUCAUGGAGAAGAAUAGACCAGGUUGAACUUCAUCUAGGCAGCGCUACUGCUGUCCUUUCUCACACUGACAAGCUACGGCGCGGGCAGAAAGCAUGCCGUUCCUGCUAAUCCUGUCCAGACCGUCCCAGAGCCAAACGCUUGGGCUCAUUUGUUGACGCAGUUCCUAACAUGGCUCCACCUCCCACAUCUCCUAAGACAGAACAUCGGUGUGGCACAUGUUUUUUUUCUACUUCAAAAGGCUAGAAAUUUGCCUAUAUAAGCUGCUAGUGUUGAGCUGGAUGGCCAUAGCAAUAAAGAGAUUCCCCGGGGCUGAGUUAUGUGCCUCUUUUCUGGACAUUCCUCAGUUUCAACACGUAGUUGCUACAUCUAGGCUCCGAGUUCCCUGACCGCUGCACAAAUGCUCUGCUUCAGGAAAGAGCUAGCUGCUGUUGUGGCCUGCCACAAAUUGUGUUACAAAGAAGGCUGUUGAUUUUAGCAGCUGUCUGGUCGAUUCUAUAUUAAGGACAGUAUGUACGUAGCUGCUGAUUCAGAUACUUUGGGUGAAGGGGAAGGCUCCUAAACUGUAUUGUUUUGGAAAUAGUCUCCAAUGUACUUCAAGUAUUCAAAGAAUUUCCAGUAAAACUUUUACGUAAGCAACACUGUUGUGUGCUUUUUUUCCCCAUGUGUACCAACAGGUCUGGGACAGUCCCAGUCUCUUGCCCUUUCUCCUCCAGGAAAGGGGAUGGUCAGAGCGCUGCCCGUCAGCGCAGGACAGAGCAGGUUGCUGCCUCCAACAGAGAGGGUAAAAUGCACUGGUGCCGUACAGUUGGAGUAGCCAGCAGGAUCCUGGUGAGCCUGCAUUACUGGAAGGAGGAUGGCGAGGAAGAGACAGAGCAGGUGCCUGACUGGUCCCAAAUGCAGGCGUGGGGAACAGUCACACAGUGUUUGGCCCUGGUGACCUCCCCAGUGAGUUGGGAAAUCCGAAUUAUCUGGAUGUCCCACCCCAGCUGAAAUACUAACUAGUCUCCAACAGAAAGGGGUGGGAAAAGUUAAAAAAAAAAAAAAAUCCACCAGCAGAAUUUGCAUUGUACUUGGUUGCUACUACAUGCUUAAAAGGAGUGUGGGAAUGUUUUGAUCUGAUAGAAGAGACUAACAAGAAUGGGAAAGAGCGAGCAUGGGCAUCCCAGCAGCAAGAAAUGCUGGUGAAAGAGCAUGCUGCUUGCAGCAGGCAUGAACUACCUGUCUGAUAACCAAACUUAACAGCUGUAUUCUAGCAGUGCUUAAAAUUAACCCUAUGUAAUACACUAUGCCAUUUCCCUUUAAAGGAAAGACAAGAUAGUAAAAAUCUACACGUAAGUAGAACUACUGCUCAUUUAAGCUGCAGUGUAAAGGGUACUCGGUUAUUAUAAAUGAGAGACAGUGGAUGAAAUGGCAGGAAUGGAAAAAAAAAAUCCACGUAUAUUGGAAGCUUCUAUGAAGGGAAAUACUGCUGCUUGGGGAACAAGGGUAAUUAAAAGCAAUCUUUCCUUAAUCUUAUCUUCAGGAAGGUAACACAGUAAACCAAGUAUCCCCAUUGCAACCUUAGAGAUGCUGAUCUACCCACAUUACAUGUGUGUAUUCAUGAGUAUCAUUUCAUAGACUUACAAAAGGCACCGCACAAUGUGGGGAAGAGGGGAAGAGCUGCUGACAAACUCCCCUAAGCCGUCCUGUGGGAUCUGGGCCUCACUACAGGGCCUGCAGGAUUUACCCUCUUCACCAUGUCACCAGUAAGAUGAGGGAUCAGCAAAAAAGUGAAAAAAAUAAUGAUAGAAGGAUGAUUAAUCACCAACGUCAUGAACAAUCAAAUACCAUCCAGUUGUGAGCCUACUGUAUAUAUUUCUAGAAAGCAAAAUGUUCUCAGAAUAACGUCCUUAAGGCCACAGGGCAGCUACACAUGAAAACGCAUCCAGCUGCAACGGCGGUUACACUGCAUUAAGUACUGUCCGUGUGGUUGCACGUAGCCUAUGCCCUUGCCACCCACAGCACCCUGGCGAGGACAGACCCACCUGCUCCCGAGCUCCUCUGAGGCCACAGCAGAUGUUGCCACCACAGCAGCGGCAGCUCACCGGGACCAACUGUUGCACUCACAGGAGGUUUGAGAUAUUGCUGUAUGGUCAGCACAUUAACCACGCUGGCCCCGUCGCAGGGGACACCACAGUCCAAGGGGUGGAAAAAUCAUAGCUUACAGGCAAAAGCACCAUCCACGCAAGAAAGCCCCAGGGAAAUAAUAAGUAGUAAACCCCUCAACUCUAGAACUGAAGUACUGUCCAGUAAGUUACAGCAGGUAAACAAAUUAGUAAAUCAGACUACAAGGACCGUAUGCAAAGUAUUACGUGUGAACAGAUGCCAGAAAUAUCUCUACCUUCUGAUAGAUGGCUGACAGUUUGUCACGAGUCGCGCUGAGUAAUGUCAACAUGCAGAAGAAUUGGCAACACUGGGAAGCCCUUAAUUGGAUGGCUUACCAGUAACAAAAACUAAAGAGCAACAGAGUUUUAGAAAUGCAGAUGUUAACAUCAGCAUUAACACAUCACCCAGAUGACAAGGCCAGUAGCCAGGGCCCAGGCUACUGCCCGAUGGUGAUGCUUUUAGCUCCAGUGCUCUCCCUUCUACUCCUAUUCUCACACCCACUACAGGGUUUUCUUGUUGCUACGCUUGUGUUAUUAAUUGUAGUAAUCACUUUGCAUAGAAGAGCCUUUCUACUAGCCAAAAAGCUUACUGAUGUAACCAGAAAAUUAAAGUGUCUUUAGGGAAAGGCAGUUAACUGUAUGUGGAUCAAGGGGUGGAGUGCAGUGGUCCUAACCAGAAGACUGUGGUAAAUCAAGGGGUUAGCGAUCCAUGUAAGUAAGCCAAGAAGAGAAGGUGCAGGCCUCUGCUGCACGUAUCGCCUGGCCUCAGGAUGAACUCAGCUAACCCUAACUGGGGAGCCUGCAGCUGGCUCCCACCUGGCACCUGGUGACACCACAACCUGCGUGGCUGCCUGGGCCCGCCCCUGGGAAAGGGCAAUCCCAGGCAGAUUGCUCAUCUUGUGACAGGGAGAUGGCAACAUGGAAGCCCAGCCCUGUUCAGGAAAGAGCCAAACUUGCAAUAUGUUGUUUCGGAAUUCUGCUUCCAGCCUGAGGCUCCCACAAACUAGUAUUUCUUCCCAGAGUUACUCACAUAGGAGGCAUUUCAUACUCACUUUCCUCCCUCCCUGCAUGGCUGUGGUUGGCAGCGUAGCCAGCCUUACUUCUGUUUCUUGUAGAUGUGCCACAGCUGCUGCCACUUGACAGACACACCUGAAUCUGGGAUUACAUUUUGAUUUUUAUUGAAAUACAAAAAGUGCAAACUGUGAAAUAUAAGAUUGGUGCAGACUAGAAGGAAAUAAACAAUGUGAACUGUGAAAAACCCAGCCCUGCACCUCAUGAGCAUCAACAGAAGAGAAGGCAGGGAACACCAGCAACAAAAGCAAAAGCCAAAAAUUUUGCACAGGAGCCCCCGUGCAUAAAAGAGGAAGCAGGGACCAAACUGGCCCUCAGCUCUCUCUCAAAUUAGCAAACAUUGCCACAAGGCAUCGAGAUGGCCCCAGCACCCCUGCACCACCCAAAAGCUCUGGUGUCAGUACAUGGCUUGGGCCAGGGAGCAGGGGGUGAUCAGAGGCCAUUAAGACAGCAGGAGGCUUAGCAGAGAGGAAUGGUCUAGGUGCUAAAAAGCAGAGGGUUGAAGUGGAACAAGUACCCCCACAGGGAGAAAUGGCUAAUAGCUAACCUGAAAGACAAGCCAGGGAGGAGACCCUUGGGCAGUGCUACAGCCUGGAGAAAACCCACAAAAGACCAGCACCCUAAUCUGACACUGACCCUCACCUACAGCAGAGGAAACCCGGAGAAACCCAGCCCAGCCAGUGCCCCGCCUGUGUGAGCAGACUGACCAGGCAAGGAGGGAAUUUAAACCCCUGGGCUUGGCAGAUGCAGGCUCUGGUGCCCACCCACCCAGCGCAGGCUGCCGGCAGGCCCAGGCCAGUUCCUUGCUCAAGUCACAGCAGGGAUAUUUCAAUACAAGGCAUUCAAGAGAGCAGACUGCAGAAGCAAAAGCAACCCUGGUUACUGUGCUGGCUCCAGGGCCCCCGGCAGCUCCAGCAUGAGGAGCAGUGGAGGAAAGGGGUAUUUACACUGGGUCCCUUCCAGGAUUUGCAAGCACUUUCCCACCAUGAGCAGUAGCAGCUUCCUGAACACACUCCAAAUCUGCUCCCUGCAGGCACUGAACUGGAGCAGGCUUUUAUCCCUGCCUGCAGGGGAUGCACCAGUCUCCAUUUUGCUAAAAAAGGAAACAUUAUUUCAAGACUUCACUUUUUAAAAAAAAAAAAAAAAAAAAAAAAAAAAAAGCACCCACCAAACAAACUCCAGCCAGAACACAGACACUUUGUGGCAAUCCCUGCCCUCCCCGCUGGAGAGGAGCUGAGCUACCCCAGCACUGCACUGCUCCUCUGGCUACCGGGCAGGGAACAGUACUUGCUGCUCUGCAGAGUUUGGAACGUGCCACUCUCCCCUGGGAGCCAGGACUCCACAUAGGGCCAAGGCCUCCUGCCCCAGCACACAGGCACUUCUCGUUCCAAGCUGCCGACCUUGGGCUUGUUUGUCCCAGGAGAAGUUCGCUGAGUUUGCCUUUCCUCUGGGGGAACAUAAGGGAGGCUAGCAGCAGCUGCAGAUACAGUCAGAACACCAAGUCUCCCCCCGUAGC